AGCCAUUUUGGCUCAAGCGGCGCAGGUGUAUUCUCUCUGGGGCCGCUGCCGAGCCUGGCGCUGGUGAGCACCGCGGCGCACGCGUCGACCAUGGAGGCCGCCGCCCACAAGGAUGUGGAAACGGGAGUCCAGAGGAGGGUGUUUAUUGCUAUGUGCGUCACCUGGUUCGUGUUGGGCGGGUGCGUUCUGCUCGUCCGCGUGGCCGGGCAAAUGGGGCAGAGGUCGCAGCGAUCAUCCUUGGCCUCGUGCUUCGGCCAGCUGUUCGGACUGCGAAGACGCUUGGAGCAGUUCCUGGCUGGCACAGUGGACCACCCCUCCACGAGGCAGGUGGCCAAGGAGUUGCAAACGAAGCGGCUGGUUCACGCGCGUGCCUCGAUCCCAUAUUGCUGCGUGGCCGUUGCAGGCGCUCUUGGACUCGGUCUCUGUAGGACUACCAUUGGUGUCUCACGCCCGAAUUCCUGGGUACAGGACAUGUGCCAGUUUGUGGGGUUUUUGCAUCGUUCUCUUUCUUUGGGCGUUUCCUCAAAGUCUGACGUUACGAACAUUAGAUCUAUGGUUUUCAUUUAUGAUGGCAUUGGUUGUCCUGUGGGUAUCGCCUCUUGCCUCGGGUGUUGAGGCCUCCUCAUCUCUGUUACCCUUCGGUGCUACUUUGGUGCUCUGCUUGUUCAGCAUGAAUUUCCGUUUGAACGUCACAUGUCUAUGGAGCGUAUCUUUGUCAAUCUGCAGCACCAUCUAUUUCGGCACCGAAAGUUUUGUUGAAGAGUUUCUGCCAGACCGGACGCAGAGGGUUACUCAGGUGCUGGUGGCCAAUUGCAUCUUCUCCAUUUUACUAACGAUCGUUCAUCAGUCAGUCUACUUGGUCGUGCAGUACGACAUGGAAGCUAACAUCUCGAGAAACGAGCUGAAGGCUGCGCGCUCGGUGCUGCGGGGCGUCUGCGACGCCGUCGUGGAGCUCGACAGCGACUUCCGACUGCAGGACGGGUCCUCCGAGCUGGUGGGCAUGCUCCUGCUGAACCCACUGCGCCCCAUCCUGGGCGAGGACUUUAGGCAGUUCCUGGCGUCCCGGCACAACCGCGAGAAGUUCUCCGAGCAGAUCAGCAAGGUCUUGCUUCCGAUCGAGGAUUCGGUUGGGCUCAGCCCCGAGGAUUCGGUUGGGCUCAGCGCGGCGUUCCACGUCUCCAUGAAGGACAGCUCCAGCGUGACCCUCGAGGUCGAGAUGUUCUGCGUGCGCUUCGUCAAUCGGGAGGGGCAGACCGCACACUUCAUCGGCAUCCGCGAGUUCACGGACACCGCCCCGAUGCUGAGGGGCAGCGUGUCGGAGAGGACGCGGCGUGACGAGAGAGCGAGCGGCCCGCAGAGCUCCUGUACAGCACUCGUCAGGCUCCCGGCCGCCCCUGCGGACUCCACGGCCGAGGCCUCCGGUCAGGCGUCAACAGACGUGAGCCCCGAGGCCUCCUCGCUGGACGAGAAGUGGGAGGACCUGGGCGCCGAGGCGGAGCCCGUGGCCUGGGUCGACCUCUUGACCCCGACCUACGAAGUGAGGCUCGAAACCUUCGCGUUCACGAAGUACGUGGACGCCCAGGGUGGGCUCCUGUCUGCCGUGCGGCCGUAGCACGUGGAAGAGUUCGUCUGCUGGGCGCAGCAGGCGUACAUUUCUUUCCUGCAGGAGGGCUCCGACUCCGCUCACCCGCAGUACCCCAAGCGCCUCCACUUUAGGGGGUUUAGGGUUUAGGGUUUAGGGUUUAGGGUGCGCGCCUGCGGCUCGACCUGGAGCGGCCGCGCGACGGCCAGGACCGCGGCCGCGGAGUUGUGCGGGUCGUCCUCCAGGACCUACUGCUGUGCCGGCGCGCGCCCCCUGGUCCGCGGCGGCCGUCGCGCUACGGCACCCCUGCCGCCAUAGGCCGCCAGCGGCCAGGUGCUGGCCCAGGAGCAGAUCUCGCGGAGUGCCGCCCAGGCGGCCGCCCUCGCAGGCGGCGCGGCGCGGCCCGCAGCGGCGGACGGCCACGUGCAGCUCCAGGGCCCGGUGCCUCGGCCGCCCAGCGGUGGCCCCGCAGCGCGGCCUUCGCAGGUGGUGACGCCGGGGACGGACCUUCGUGGCCUGUGAGGCGCCAGGGCCGCCGCCGCAGCGCGCGCGGGCGCUUGAUCGUGCCGCGCCACCCUCCCCCCCAAGGCAUGCAAGCUGUGAAAUGGGCCCCCCCUCCCCCCCCAGGCAUGCGUUCGGGUACUAUCCGCGAACUGCAGCGGCGACCGAUUCACUAUGACGACUCUGGCCGAACUUCGAUACAAUGGCCGAAACAGUCCGCCCAAGCGGUGUUUCUCGCCGUGUCGGUCAAUGUUAAGAGCGAAUAUGUGUGCCAUUCAGUGUGUGACAAAGAGCGUGACGGUUAAAUACCUCGCUCUUGUGUUUCCUCAUCAUACUUGCCGAGCUCCCGGCAUCAUUGUGUGUGAGAUUGUUAUGUUUAGCGACGGGCAGCAUCUCUGGAGCAAGGUAAGGUCUUGCAAUGGUGGUGAAUACGUGCGGAGCAGUGCAUGCAUCCAGGAGGUAGACCAUCGUCAGCGCAGUGCAGUGGACAUUCGCAGUCGGUGUGGGGGGGG